AUGCUCCCUGGAGCCUGGCUGUGCUGGGCUUCCCUCCUGCUCCUGGCCAGACCCACCCAGCCCUGCCCAGUGGGCUGCGACUGCUUCAUCCGGGAGGUGUUCUGCUCAGAUGAAGGGCUGGCCGCCAUCCCGCUGGACAUCCCAAAACACGCCACGGACAUCGUCUUUGUGGAGACCUCAUUCACUACAGUGGGAACCAGGGCCUUCAGCAGGAGCCCCAAUCUGACCAAAGUGGUCUUCCUCAACACUCAGCUCCAUCACUUUGGGCCAGAUGCUUUUGGGGGGCUGCCAAGGCUGGAGGACCUGGAGAUCACGGGCAGCGCCUUCUCCAACCUCAGUGCCGACAUCUUCUCCAACUUGACUUCGCUGGGCAAGUUCACCCUGAACUUCAACAUGCUGGAGGCUCUGCCCGAGGGCUUCUUUCACCACAUGGAUGCCCUGGAGUCCCUCCAGCUUCAGGGGAACCGAUUUCAGACUCUGCCUUGGAGGCUCUUCCAGCCUCUGACGCGUCUGAACACCCUGGACCUGGCUCAGAACCACCUGGCCCACCUCCCCGGGGGGCUGUUCUGCAGGCUCAGCAACCUGCAGACCCUGAAGCUGAGCAACAACAUGCUCUCGAGGCUCCCUGAGGGUGUGUUUGGCAAUCUGUGCAGACUGCAGGAGCUCUUCUUGGAUGGCAAUGCCAUCAGGGAACUGUCCCCAAAUGUCUUCUCGGGGCUCUUCUGCCUGCAGAAGCUGUGGCUGCAGCACAACGCCAUCCGUCACCUGCCACCCUCUGUCUUCUCCUCUCUGGGCAAUCUGACCUUUCUGAACCUGCAGGGCAAUGAGCUGCGGAUGCUGCCUGUGGGUCUCUUUGCCCACAACCCAGGCCUGGUGGGACUGUCCCUGUCCCACAACCAGCUGGAGACUAUCACUGAAGGCACCUUGGCCAACCUGUCUAGCCUUGUGUCCCUGACGCUCUCUCACAAUGCUAUCACCCACCUCCCCGCGGGUGUCUUCUGGGACCUCAAGGAGCUGGGUAAGCUCUACCUGGGCAGCAACAACCUGACGGUCUUGCACCCAGCCCUCUUCCAGAACCUGUCCAGGCUGGAGCUGCUCAGCCUCUCCAGGAACCAGCUGACCACACUCCCGGGGGGCAUCUUUGACACCAACUACAACCUGUUCAACCUGGCCCUGCACAGCAACCCCUGGCAAUGUGACUGUCACCUGACCUACCUCUUUACCUGGCUGCUCCAGUACAGCGACCAUCUCUUCCACAUCAACACCUACUGUGGGGGCCCCGCCUACCUCAAGGGGCAGUCAGUACUCUCUUUGAAGGAAGAACAGCUGGUGUGUCCUGUCACCCGGGACCGUUUGGGCUUCCAGGUCCACGGGAUAGAUGACAGGGAGCUAGGGGACAUAUGGGAUCUGACAGUGGAGGAAAGGGCAGUCUGGAGGAGGUGCACCUAUAGCAACCCCGAGGGCACUGUUGUGCUGGCCUGUGACAAGGCCCAGUGUCGCUGGUUGAACAUCCAGCUAUCUCCUAGGCAGGGCUCAGGCUUCCUGGCGAUGAAAUACAAUGCCAGUCAGGAGUGGGACUUGAAGUCCAGCUGCGGCUCUGUGAGAGUCACUGUGUCUAUUGAGGCUCAGGCAGUGGGGCCCUAG